AAAUAAUAUCAACCCAGAUGAAGCCUCAUGAUUAUCAUAUAUACUGAAGCAAUAUUUAGAUCUGUUCUGACUUGACAGGCAUUGCAUAACUAACUAUUAUACCCCUGCUCCUUGUCAUCUUGGCCUUGUUUCUGCUUUAUGAAAUAGCGGGCCUGUUCUCCAUUCGUGUUUUUCCACCAGAAACCAGAUGCUCAAACCUGAGACAUCCCAGUAACAAAGGCUGAUCUUUGCUGUUCUGACCGUCAGGCGGGGGAAUUUGUCUGCUGUGCUAUAAUCUUUUGACAGCAAUUGACUUUCCAGAUCUUAAUUGACCUGUCAACUACUGUAUCUUACUCUUACCAAAACAACCCUGCAACAAUGGAACUACCAGAUUGGAAAGCAGCUUUGACAAUGUCUCAACGUUAUGAGACGAUUCAAAAAAUACAAGCCUCCCUUGCUACAACAAGUAUGAGUGAGGCCAUCGCCAUAGAACAGGCCGCCUACCAAAUCGCUUCUACUCAGGACGAGUACAAUCUCGCCUGUCAGCCAACCUCGACACCUACGCCCCCGCCUCCUCAGGAGGAAGAGGAGGUUGACUCGGGGAUACGCAUUGGACCUUAUGGAAACUGUCGACCUGUUUCGGAUGGUGUAACUUCGGAGGUCUUUCGUUCUGGCGAUAAGGCGCUUAAAGUUAUUGUGACUUAUCAGGAUAUUGAACCGCAUAAUCCGCAGAGGGAGGCCAAGAUUCUAAAGGGGUUGCGAGAGCCGUGUAUUCCUCUCCUCGAAACGUUUCGCGAUCAGGAGCAGAGAUUUGUUCUGGUCUUUCCGUUCAUGCCGUAUACUUUGGUAGACCUUCUCGCCAACGGCCCUUUACCGCUUGAUGCCGUCCGGUCUAUCUUCCGAGAUGUCUUGCAUGCUCUAAAGGAUAUACACGCACAAGGCAUCAUCCACCGAGACAUCAAACCGUCCGCAAUUCUCCUCUCAUCUCCAACUGGCCCAGCAUAUCUCUCCGACUUUGGCACAGCAUGGCAUCCCGAGCUAUCAGCACAUUCAGAACCAGCAGGCGAUAAAAUUCUCGAUAUCGGAACAGGUCCUUACCGCGCGAUAGAAGUCCUCUUCGGACACAAAUCCUACGGACCAGAGGUUGAUAUGUGGGGAUUAGGUGUCAUGCUCUCAGAAACACUCCGUGAUCCUCCAAACCCUAUAUUCGAGUCUCGUGCUGUUCAUGAAGACGGUAAUCAGCUUGGCCUUAUUCUCAGCGUCUUCAAGACCAUUGGUACGCCCACGCCUGAGACAUGGCCCGAGGCAAAACAAUUCAAGGUCGCACCUUUCGAGCUCUGGACUGUCUUCCCCGCUCGUCCUUGGGAAGAGCUUCUUCCCAAUGUAGACCCUGAUUUUAUCGACCUCGUAUCAUCACUCCUUCGCUACGAUAGUCAGCGACUCAACGCUGAGCAGGUUAGUUUCCAAUGGCUUCACCUGCCUUUGUUGCAUCACUAA